ACUUCAGCACCCUAGACAGCUCCCAGACCCCGGAAAGACAGUCCUGCCUGAAGGAAACAGCCAAGAAGGCACCAAGAUGGAAGCCAGAAGCAAGCCUCAGUUCCUGGCACUCCUGAUGCUCUUCAGUGUGCUGUUCUCUCAGUCACUGGCCUGGCCUCUCUUUGGACUGCCUUCUGCAGUGAGGUUGGAUGACAGGAUGCAGUUCGAAGGAGCAGGUGACCCUGAUCAAGUCUCAUUAAAAGCAGACUCUGACAUCUUGCAGAAUGCCUUAGCAGAAAAUGACACACCCUAUUAUGAUGUGUCCAGAAAUGCCAGACAUGCUGACGGAGUCUUCACCAGCGACUACAGUAGACUUCUGGGUCAGAUUUCUGCCAAAAAAUACCUUGAGUCACUCAUUGGCAAGCGAAUCAGCAGUAGCAUCUCGGAAGACCCUGUGCCAAUCAAACGACACUCUGAUGCGGUCUUCACAGAUAACUACACCCGCCUUAGAAAGCAAAUGGCUGUGAAGAAAUACUUGAACUCCAUUCUGAAUGGAAAGAGGAGCAGCGAGGGAGAUUCUCCGGACUUCCUCGAAGAGUUAGAGAAAUGAUGAGAAGGGUCCUCUGGGCAGAGCUGAAGAUCAGAGAAUUCUUGAAGGAAAACAACCAAGUGAUUACAUUAUGAGUUCUACAUAUCUAAUUCAAGAAAACAACUACCAUAGCAAAACCAAAUAAAAUGUGUUGUGAAUAUUGUGGUUUCCUUUAUGUAAUAACUGUAAUGUUUACAUUGUAAAUAUUAUUUGAGCACUCUAAAAUUCAUCUUUAGCUCAUGAAAGGCUUAUAAUUUCAUAUGCUAUAUAUUCUUUCAAAUAAAAAUAUAUUUAAUGAUAGGUAGAUACUAGAUUAAUUGCAAUUAUCUGACGCUUUCUGCAAGGGUAGCAAUUGAGGAAAAUUGAUGUGUUUAUUUAUAGCAUGUAGUUAAUUAUUCAACAGAGCAGAACAGAUAUUCAGCGUGAACAAGCCUGAAUGCUAAGCAGAUAGGCUGCUGUGUUACAUAAAGCAAAAUAUCUAAGGGGAAUAACAAAAAUAUAAAUAAAAGAGAUACUUGACAAAAGCACUUUUCAGAAUUGUAUUUCUCCAGUGAUAGGGACUCCAUGUCUCAUGGAUUCAUUGGUCUGACUAGGAUUUGCAUUCCCCAAAGGCUUCUUCAGAGAUGCUUCUUCUGCUAAGAAAAGCCCAACUUCCAGCCUGGAGCUUCCCCUUUCUGCUUGUGCUAUGGGUGUGUAAACUAGAAGCUUAACAGAGUGCUUGAUUCCCAGUAGUAAAUAUUUUUUUCCCAUAAUCACUCACAGCUAUAUUUUGUCUUAUUGGCUUCCUUUGCUGAAAGUACAUUUGUAGACACAACUAUUUUUCCAAUGUGAUUGUAUGAAAUUAAAGAAGGGAAUAAAGAUCUUUGGUU